AUGAACAAGGACAAGGGAAUAAAAGAACUAGCCAAAUCGUAUGAGUUGCUAUCAAAUGUGUACAACAACAACAACCUAACACCCGGCGCUGUACGCAAUUGUCUUUUUUGGGUGCGUCGCAUUUUUGAGGCGCGUCGCAUUUUGGCUCCUGGCGAACAUAUUGAUGAUGUUAGAACAUAUCGACACCUCUUGCAGCGUUUGUUGGAUGUAACAUUGCCUCCUGGCAAACAUCUUGACGACACAGCGGCCUUCCGGAGAUUGGUGGAUGUGUUGUUUAAGCGCGCCGUGAUUGAUGAUGAAAUAUUGGAGCAAAUUGGCCAACGCAUUCCAACGUUCGAGAACUUGGUUUGGAAGUUUCCUGUUGAGUCAAAUGUGACCAUGAAUGCCCCCAAAGCCACGCUGUUGGCGAGGUUGGUUCAAGGGGCUCGACAUGUGGACUUGAGCUUGCCCCAUAUGAUCCACAAUCAACAUGUCUACGUGGAACCUUUGGCACUCUCCAUUCUGCGAAGUAAAACUUUGGAGAGCCUUUCACUGGUUCUGAAAACAAGCGUUCAGGGUGCCAACAGCGAACGUGCUGGAAACGCGACGAAAGCUUUGGCCCUUGCUAUUGAAACCACGAUGGCUCCACUUAUUCAGCUUACUCUGAAGGGUACCAGCGUGACGGUCGGAACUGACUUGACAGACGGGAUCGUUUCUCUUCUAGCGCCCCAAGGAACGAAGCCUGCAGUAAUCCAAAGGAUCUAUGUGGACGAGUUUAUGGUUAGGCACGAGCCCAUCUUCCAGGCUUUAGCGAACAACAGUACGUUGACCCAUUUGACCAUUCCAUCAUGCCGUUCCGCGGUCGCUGACCCCUCGACACUGCUAGCAGCCCUGGAAAUCAACACAACCCUACAAUGUUUUGAACUUCUCCGUCGAUCACCCGGUGACUUCAGAUUCCUGCGUAAAAAGGUUCGCUACAAUAUGAAACUCAAUCAAUAUGGAAAGGCCAAGGUACGCAAUCCCGGUACUAGUCGAUCUGAGUUUGUGGGGCUGUUAGGACUUGCUUUGGCCACUGAGCCAACUGGAGCCAUUGUGUAUGGACUGUUGCGUGAGAAUCCCCAAAAAUGGUGCUUUUCGCAGCCGCAGAAGGUGAAGCAGACGAGAAAGAGAAAGAGUGUAUCCGUAACAGGAUAG